AUGGCUCGAGAGGAGGCUAAAAAGGAAGCUCCGUCUAAUCCUACUAUACGUGCAUUAGAAGAAGCAUGGACAGAUGAAUCGCGGAUCAGCAUUCGCGCAUAUAUUUGGGGUAUGACAGUUAUGAAAAAUCCUCCGUCGUUGUGGAUCACAAUCAAUCCCACUGAUACUCAUGAUCCAAUUGUUCAAGUGUUAGCGGGAGAGCAAAUCGAACUCGAUGCUUUUGACUGUACUGCGGGACUUGAUUCUGCCCAAUGGGCGAAGAUCAUUGUGGAUGAUCCAUAUGCCGCAGCUAAAUUUUUUCAUUUCGUCAUUGGUGCCAUCCUUGAAGAGUUGUUCGGCAUCACAAUUCAUUCACAUGGUUGA